AUGGCAGCACUGAAGGAGGAUUAGAGCUACGGGCUGUCAUGCGGGCGGGUGAGCGACAGCAGCAAGGUGUCCAUGUUUCAUGUGAAGCUCACCGACAGUGCCCUGAGAGCCUUUGAGACCUACCGCGCCAGCCAGGAUUCUGUUUCACUGAGACCAUCAAUUCGAUUUCAAGGAAGCCAAGGGCACAUCUCCAUCCCCCAGCCGGACUACCCCUCAGAGGCUCGGAUCUUCUCCUUCUACCUCUCCAACAUCGGCUGUGACAGCCCCCAGGGCAGUUUCGACUGCAUCCAGCAGUACUUCUCCAGCCAUGGGGAUAUACACCUGGACUGCUUGGGUAGCAUCCAGGACAAAAUCACAGUGUGUGCCACCGAUGACUCCUACCAGAAGGCACGGCAGAGCAUGGCACAAGCCGAGGAGGAGACACGGAGUCGGGGUGCCAUCGUCAUCAAGCCCGGAGGCCGCUACCUGGGCAAGAAGGUUCAGGUUAGGAAACCAGCCCCACGGGCGAUGGAUACUGUGCCCUCCCAGAAGUGGGCGACCCCCAUUAACCUGGCAAAUGUCCUCAAGAAAAGUGGUGUUAGCGGGGGCGUUGGGGUAUCUCAGAGGCCUUUCCGUGACCGGGUGCUACAUCUUCUGGCAUUGAGGCCCUACCAGAAGGCUGAACUGUUGCUGUGGCUACAGAAGGAUGGCCUGGCGCAGGCAGACAAGGACAUGCUGGACAGCCUCCUCCAACAGGUGGCCAACGUGAAUACCAAGGAUGGUACUUGCACACUGAAGGACUGUGUGUACAAGGAUGUGCAAAAGGACUGGCCUGGCUACUCAGAGGGGGACCAGCAGCUGCUAAAGCGCAUGCUUAUCAGAAAGCUGUGCCAGCCACAGAGUGCAGGUGGCCUCCCUAGAGACCCUGCUGCCGCCAGCCCCCCAAGAGAGCAUGGGAGCUCAGUCUCACCCCCCCUAAAACGUCCUCAGCCUCCUGGUUUCAUUGACCCCGUGGCCAACAAGAAACCAAGGAUAUCGCACUUCACCCAGAGAGCUCAGCCCGCCGCCAAUGGGAAGCUGAAUGUGCCCCAUGGCCGGGAGGCCCUACUGCGCACCCUUGGCCCACUGGCGGGCACAGAUGCCCACCUACCCCCACGGCUGGAUCCUCCGAGGGCACACGACCCUCUGGCUGAUGUCAGCAAUGACCUGGGCCACAGUGGCAGGGACUGUGAUCACAGGGAAAUGGCCACCCCAGCCCCCACUUCCUGCCUUAGCCUUCCCCUGCUGAAGGACUGUGCCCAGCCCAGCAGGCCCCACGGUGGCUCGUCUCACGGCAAGUCCAAGAAGAAGUCCAACAAGCACAAGGACAAGGAUAGGGCAGCUGGGGACAGGCAUCGAGCCAGGCCGCCAGAACUUGUGUCUGGCUCCCUUGGAACCCCGCCAGUCGAUCUGGGUUUAAAUGGGACCUGCAACAGCUCAAGCGUCCCCACAUCAACUUCAGAGACACCAGACUACUUGCUAAAAUAUGCCACUAUCUCCUCCUCAGAGCAGCGCCAGAGCUACAAGAAUGACUUCAACGUCGAGUACAGUGAGUACCAAGACCUGCACACCCGCACUGAGCAGGUCACACGGCGGCUCACGCAGCUGGACGCCCAGCUCCGGCAGCUCUCCCAGGGCUCCAAAGAGUACAAGACUACUCGUGGGCAGAUUUUACAGGAAUAUCGCAAAAUCAAAAAGACCAACUACAGCCAGGAGAAGCACCGGUGUGAGUACCUGCACAGCAAGCUGGCCCACAUCAAGAGGCUCGUUGCUGAGUAUGACCAACGGCAGCUGCAGCCUUGGCCCUAGCCCCAGCCAUAAGGCAGGAGCUUGCCCUCCCUGGAUUGACCCUUCUGGAUGGCAAGGGAGCUGGGGCUUUGGGGGUGGGGAGAGCUA